AUGCAGAGGUUGCAAGAAUCCCUGGAAAAGAGUCAGGCUAACGGUACUAGAAUGGAACAGCUCUUGAAGGAAGCAGGAAAGGCGAUAGAGCGGAUUCAAAGGGAACUUGAAGGCAAGGAUAUUUUGCUGGAAAAGAGGGCAGACGACGCAGCAGCGAUGAGCAGACAAAUCGAGAGCGUCUGCCUUCAAAAAGAACAAGUUCUGACUGAAAAGUGUCGCCUACAACACGACCUGGAACUGGCUCUAGAUCGAGGAGAGAAAGCAGACAACUUUAACAAAGAACUGAUGGAGCAAAUAGUGUCUCUGGAGAGACGACUAGAGGAGACUGAAUACUUGCUCAAGAAAAGGGACGAAGACGAGACGGAAAUGGAAAGGCUCUUCCAGAAAGAGAUGGUCGACAAAGAAAGAGAUCUGCAGUGCGCUAAAGAGAAAGAAACUGAAUUGAGCCUCAAACUAGAAAAGAUAGAAACUUUCAAUCAAAUUCUUGACGCAGAGAAUGAAGAUUUGAUGAGGCUCGUAGUAGACUACAGGGAAGCCUUAGAUCAGAAGGAGAGGAAGGUCGACCAUCUGCAAGAAUUACUGGCAAGUCAAGCAAGAGAGUCUGAGAACGGCCGACAGAAACUGAGGACUCUGGAAGUGCAAAUGAUGGCCAUUGAAGGCACUGUAGAAGAACUGGAAAACCAACUGAUGGCCAUUCAAGAGAACCAAGAAGCUGUCCAAGGAAAACUCGAGCUCACUGAAUCUGAAAACUCUACACUUAGGGAGGUAGCAGCUGACCUAAAAGAUAAAAAUUGUGAGCUUGAGAAAAACCUGGCAGACGAGACCCAUAUGAAUUUGGUACUAGAAGAUCAAGUUCAGUUCCUAGAAUCAGUUUUGCGUGAAAAGGAAUCUCAGUUGGUCUCUGCAUCAGAAACUCUAAAUGCGGAAAGAGCGAAAACUGAGAUUAUGGCACAAGAACUACAAGUGAUGAGGAACUGGGUCGCAGAACUAGGAGGAGAGAAUGAAAAGUGCAAAGAAGAGUUAGCAGCAAAAGCAGCAGAAGUUACUUCGCUGCAGAAAGAGUUAAACAAUGAGAAGAAGUUGACCAAAGUUCUGGCUGGAGAAGCCCAGGUUAUGAAGACCUGGGUCGCAGAACUAGGAGGAGAGAACGCCACGCUUCAGGAUGAGGUAAACAAAACCCACCUGAUAGUAAAUUCACUUGUGAAGUCUUUAAGGAAGGAGAAACAGAGGAGCAGAAAUCUCCAGGAUGCUCUCCAUCAUGGGAAGGAGAUGGAAAACUUGCUGAAAGAAGAAAAGAAGAGAGGAAAUGAGAUGGCGACUUCCCUGAGAACCUUCAAAGUAGAGCUCAAUAACAGGGACCUCCAAAUUGAAAACCUCCUAAACAUGGAGAAGAAAUUGAUAUGUGAAAAAGAAGAACUUGUAGAGAAACUAGGCGUUGCUCUCAGCCACGGCAAGGAACUGGACAGCUUGCUGGAGGAGGCAGGCCAGAAGGCGACAAAACUCGCAAACGAUUUUGAUGAAGAGAUCCAAAAAAUGGAGGACCAGUUGAGAGAUCUCUUAGACAAAGAGGAACAACUCAGAGCUGAAAAGCUAGAGUUGGAAGACAGAUUAGAAAAUGCUGUCAAUCUUCUGAUUAAAGAACAGCGGGAAAAUGUAAACUGGCAGCAAAUGUUACAGGAAAGGGAAAAAGAAGUAGAGAAGCUGAAGAAAGAUGAAAAAAACCAUCAAGAACAGAGGAAGGAGAUAGGGAACAAACUGCAGGAAGGUGAGAAAGAGCUCCAGCAACUUAGAACGGAAUGUGAAGAUCUGAAGGAAAAUUGGAGGAUACAAGAGGAAAAGAUGAUAAAGGAACAACAGCGUCUCCUGGAGCGCCAAAGGAGACAGGAAGAGGCUCUGAGGGAACAGGACAAAUACAUGCUAAUGACGCUUCUCCAUGGGACAGCUCAGAGGAACUUCCAUCUGCAGCACAUUGCACUGCAACAUGGAACUGAAACUCUGGACAGCAUCAAUGAAAAGGAGAAGCAAGAUGAGGACCUGUGGCUGAGGAAGGAGAAACAACACAGGAAAUACUGCGAUGCCCAGCAAGAGAGGACCGGGCAACUAGCCACGAAACGGUUGAAAACGUGGGGACGUCCUAACUCAGACGUUGACGGAACUCUCGUGGAGAUUCUGACGAGAACUGUGAGAUUUCCAACGGAAAAAACGAUGACAAAACUUGUCAUCAAAGCAGUGAAAGAUGAGAUCUGUAAGACUGAGCCCCUCAGAGCCGAGAUUCGUAAGGAAAACGAGGACUAA